AUGGCACCUCUCUCAUCGAGGUUAUUCCCCCUCACGAUCGGUGUUCUCGCUCUCACACCACUGACCUCCGCGUGGACCCUCACAUGGCGCAACUCGACCGCUGGCGCCACCAUCGUCGAAGAUAACAAGGCGGAAAACUGUACGCAGAUCUGGCACCAGCAAGGCGAGGCCUUUGCCUGGGACCCAGAGGGAAAAUGGUGCAUGCACUUCUACAAGGACACCACAUGCUCGGAAAUCGCCGGUCUCUCCUGUGACGGCAAGGUCUGGCGUAAGGACGCCAGUCGCAAUCUCUCCGCCUUCGACGUCUACCCCAUGCCUCCAGAGUCCGUCAGCGUCAUUUUCCCCUCGACCUCCUCCACAAGAACCACUUCGUCCACUUCGUCCACCUCAGCAACCCCAACCUCCACCGCCGUAACAACCACAGCACCAGAAUCCCAAUCAGCCACCUCUGCAGCGGCAUCAACCACUCCGACCGGAACGCCCUCCUCAUCAUCCAUCUCCGGGGGUGCCAUCGCCGGAAUCGUCAUCGGCGCCAUUGCCGCCCUCGCCAUUCUAGCCGCCCUCUUCUUCUUCUUCUUCGGAAGACGCAACCGCAAGACAGCCCAGCCGAUACCCGAUACCGACCCGCGCGCUACAUCCCCACAGACACCACAAUUCCCACCAGGCUCACCACUAGGCCUCGUCUCGACAAACGAUACAGGCUCUGCGGCACCAGCAUACGGCAUCCCCAACAAGCAGGAACUCGCCGAGAUGGAGAUGUCCCAGGCCUAUCCGUAUGCGCAUCCGCGUGCAUACGCAGGCUCCAAGUUCGUCGAGCUACCCGGAAACGGGGCAGAGGCGGAACUGAGCAGUAGCCGACAGGUGCACGAGAUGGAUGGGACGAGUGAUAUCAAGCGGCCGAUUUAUGAGGCUGCUUGA